AUGGCUGCCCUGUCCGGGCUGAGCGCGGCAGGGCCUGGGCGGUGGGCGAGUGAGCAAGAGAAGCAGGACCAAGUUGAGAUCCAGAAGGAGAAGCAGAGAGAGCUGAUCCUGCAGCUCAAGACUCAGCUGGAUGACCUGGAGACUUUUGCUUACCAGGAGGGCAGCUAUGAUUCUCUGCCACAGUCCGUGGUUAUGGAGAGACAACGGAUGAUUAUAAAUGAGUUGAUAAAGAAGCUGGACAUGGACUUGAGUGAAGAUGUUGCAACGCUCUCUCCGGAGGAGCUGCGACAGCGUGUGGAUGCUGCCAUAGCACAGAUUGUUAAUCCAGCCAGGGUGAAGGAGCAGCUGGUGGAGCAACUGAAGACACAGAUCAGGGACCUCGAAAUGUUCAUCAACUUUAUUCAGGAUGAAGUUGGAAGCUCUAGUAAGGCAGAAGAUGGGCACUGUGAAUGCGCAGGCAGAAAAGACAGUGGUGGCUCCCACAAACCACAGCCACGGCCUCCUGGAAGCAGAGUGAGCCCAGAAGAUGCCAGGAAGAUGCGGGAAACAGGCCUGCAGCUGAUGCGCCGCAUGCUGGCGGUGCUGCAGAUCUUUGCUGUCAGCCAAUUCGGCUGCGCGACCGGCCAGAUUCCCCGCAGCCUCUGGCAGAAGGACCAAGCUGACCAGGACUAUUCCCCCUUACUCAAGAGACUGGAGUUGUCUGUAGAGCGGGUGAGGCAGCUGGCAAUGAAACACCAGCAGGAAGACCAUGUCAUCAGCUCCUCUGACCUGCAGGAUGUUCCCUUGGGAGGCAGGGAUGAGCUGACUCUGGCUGUGCGGAAGGAGCUGGCCAUUGCUUUGCGAGACCUGAUGGCCCAUGGGCUCUACGCCUCUUCUCCGGGAAUGAGCCUGGUGCUGGCCCCCAUCGCCUGCUUGAUUCCUGCCUUCACCUCCUCCCCAAAGACCAUGCAUCCCUGGGAGCUCUUUGUGAAGUAUUACAACUCUAAGAACGGGCAAGCCUUCGUGGAGUCCCCAGCUCGCAAGCUCUCCCAGUCCUUUGCCUUGCCUGUGACUGGAGGAGUGACCGUCACCCCCAAGCAGAGCCUGCUGACAGCCAUCCACACUGUCCUGACAGAGCACGACCCCUUCAAGCGCAGUGCAGACUCAGAGCUGAAGGCCCUGGUGUGUAUGGCCCUGAACGAGCAGCGCCUGGUCUCCUGGGUGAACCUCAUCUGCAAAUCCGGAGCUCUGGUGCAGUCCCACUACCAGCCUUGGAGCUACAUGGCAAACACAGGCUUCGAGAGCGCGCUCAACAUCCUCAGUCGUCUGAGCAACUUAAAAUUCAACCUCCCAGUGGACCUGGCUGUCCGGCAGCUGAAAAAUAUCAAAGAUGCUUUUUGAUGUGUUUUUAUUGUAGAUCACCCAUUUUCAACACGUAGGCAGCUGUU